GGGAAGUUCUGCUGGUAAGUAGUCGGACAAGAUGUGGUGGCUUCACUGUGUUAUGCUGCUAUUUUUGGCGGGGCUCGCGUCUCCAGCGUCACUCGAUACCGAGAUGGCGGCAGCACUAGAAGAAAGCCUUGAAAGUGACACCAUAGUACUAAGUAUUCGACAUUUAAGGCCAAAGAGAAGAAAAAAUAAAAUAGGAGUUGAAACGCUUUUGCUUGUCAGUUCAUCUAAUGAGAAACUUCAACUCAAGCUUGAUCGUGAAGAUAAAAAAGUUAUUGUAGAAACUCUAGAUGAGAAAAAACAUUUUAACUUACCAUCUAUAGUUCAAGAAAAAGUAAUUGACUCUCUUGUAUUUUUAAUUGAUCUGAAAAAAGAUGAAUCUGAUAUUACUCUUUAUGCUAACUGUAUAAUGGAAGGAAAGGUAACCUUGAGUCAGUCUUUGAAAAAAAUGUUCCAUACCAAAUCUAAACUUCAAGUGUAUCGUGACAGAAGGAAUAUCAUAGAUUUGGACAGCGACACAAAGGUGCAAGAAGUUUUGAACAGGUUAAAAUGUGAUCUUCAUGACCAAAUGCUCGCUAACGAUGCAACAGAUAUGGCAGAAGACUAUCGUCCUCAAAUAAGAGGCGACAUUCCAAUAAUCCAUGACUGUGAUGAAAAUUUACUUGUUGAAACUAUUAACAAGUUGAUAAAUGUUGUAAAGAGGCUAGAGCAAGAGAUGCAAUCAAUGCGAACUGAGAACCAGGCUUUGAGGCAACUCCUUGAACAAUGUGAUGUAUGCCGCCCAGCUUCAGAAAGUCAUACAAGAGUCACUUGUAACAGUGAUCCCGCUCCGUGCUUUCCUGGUGUUGAAUGCAGGGAUACAUCGGAUGGUCCAACAUGCGGAAGAUGUCCAUCCGGUUAUGUGGGAAAUGGGUUUGAAUGUAAACCUGGAAUAAGCUGUGAUCAAUCACCCUGUUACCCAGGUGUCAGAUGUUAUGAUUCAGUCGAUGGAUUUCAGUGUGGCUCAUGCCCCCAUGGGUACACUGGCAAUGGACAACAUUGCAAGCAACAAAGAUAUGGUUGCGAAUACAAUCCAUGCUCACGAGGUGUCGACUGUCAAAACACAAACGAACCACCGUAUUACCGAUGUGGUUCCUGUCCAGAUGGAUACACAGGAAAUGGAACAAACUGUCAUGAUCUAGAUGAGUGUGAUCUUGCUGAACCCUGUGAUCCAAGGGUACAAUGUACUAAUCUCAAUCCUGGAUAUCGCUGUGGCCCAUGCCCAGUCGGCUUUACUGGCUCUUCAGGUGUAAUAGGAGUCGGAUUGGAAUAUGCAGUGAGAAACAGACAGCAGUGCUAUGACAUCAAUGAAUGUGACGAUGGAAGAAACGGUGGAUGCACACAAAACUCCAUUUGCCAGAAUACUGAAGGUUCGUUUACCUGUGGCCCCUGUCUAAGCGGCUUUGUAGGUAACCAAACGCACGGCUGUCGUAGCAUGCCUGGCUUAUGCCCUGAUGGAACACACUGCGACCCGAAUGCACAGUGCUACAGAAUUGGGCUAGAUAGAUAUGGCUGCAAAUGUAAUAUUGGCUGGGCUGGAGACGGCUUUAUUUGCGGUGUAGACACAGAUCUUGACCGUUGGCCUGAUUAUGAUGUCGGGUGCUCGCAUGGUAGAUGUCGCAAGGAUAACUGCCCACAUAUUCCAAACUCAGGACAAGAAGACGCAGACGGUGACCAAAUGGGCGAUGUUUGCGAUGAUGAUGCGGAUAACGAUGGAAUAUCAAAUGAACCCGAUAAUUGUCCUCUUGUUCCGAAUCCUGAUCAAUUGGACACUGACCAAGACGGUGCAGACAAAAGCGGGAAUGAAUGUGAUAACUGUCCCACUGUCCCAAAUGUCAACCAAGAAGAUGUUGACAAAGAUGGCAUCGGAGAUGCUUGCGAUCCGGACAUGGACAAUGACGGUAUCCUGAAUAACCAGGACAACUGUCCACGCAUAUCAAACCCAGAUCAGAGAGACCAAGAUUCUGACGGUUUGGGCGACGUCUGCGACAACUGCCCUCGGAUUCCGAAUACCAAUCAGGAAGAUUCAGAUUUCGAUAAUAUUGGAAAUGUAUGUGACAAUGACAUCGAUAGAGACAGAGAUGGUAUUCAGGAUUCUUCUGAUAAUUGUCCAAAAAUAUCAAACAGCGACCAACUUGAUAAAGACGGUGAUGGACGUGGAGAUGAGUGUGAUCACGAUGCCGAUGGUGAUGGCGUUUCCAAUAACAAUGAUAACUGUCGACUAGUUUACAAUCCAGACCAAGAGGAUCUUAAUGGCAAUGGUGUCGGAGAUGAAUGUGAAGAUGAUUUUGACGGUGAUGGUGUCAUAAACCAUAUGGACAAUUGCCCAAAUAAUUCAAAAAUAUUUCAAACCGACUUUAGAACAUUUCAAACAGUAGCACUGGACCCAGAGGGAGAAACUCAAAUCGAUCCUCAUUGGAUUAUCUACGAUGAAGGAGCGGAAAUCGUUCAGACAAUGAACAGCGAUCCGGGAUUGGCUUUAGGUUACGACGCAUUUAGUGGUGUCGAUUUUGAGGGAACCAUCUUUGUUGAUACCAAUGUCGACGAUGAUUACAUAGGAUUUAUUUUCAGUUACCAAAAUAGUCAUAAGUUUUACACCGUGAUGUGGAAGAAAAAGGGCCAAACAUACUGGCAGGCCACGCCGUUCAGAGCUGUUGCAGAACCAGGGAUACAGUUGAAACUUGUCAAUUCGAUUAGUGGACCUGGACGAAUGCUAAGAAACUCAUUAUGGCAAACUGGCAACACUCAGGAUCAGGUUAAGCUUUUGUGGAAAGACCCAAGGAACGUCGGCUGGAAGGAAAACACAGCGUACAGAUGGCUAUUAAUCCACCGUCCAAAAAUUUCGUUAAUCCGGCUGAUAAUUUACGAAGGGAAGAGGAUCGUCGCCGAUUCUGGCAAUAUUUUCGAUUCCACGUUGAAAGGGGGAAGGCUUGGAGUGUUGUCCUUCUCACAAGAAAAAGUAAUCUGGGCUGACUUAGUUUACAGGUGUAACGAAAACAUCCCUCAAGAGAUUUACGACGAACUGUCUCCACGACUUAAACAGGAAAUCAAUGUAGAUAGUGGAAGUUUAUGGUUUCAACACGCCAAAUAAUCAUAAAGACGGAUGUAGAUUGGUUAUUUCUAUUUUCUAAUAAUAAUAAUAAAUGUAGUUUUUUUAAUAUUAUUAUUUUUUAAAUUCUAAUUUAUAUUGUAAUUUUUAGUUCUUUUGAGUGCAAAAGUAAAUAGCCCUUAAACCCUAGAUGGUCUUGUAACCAAUUCACUUGUAAAUAUACAUAUAGGGAUUUAGUAAAUAUUAUAUGUGCUUUAUAAAUUUAAAAUUAAAUAUAUUGUGAUUUCUUUUAACAAAAACAAACAACUCGUUACACUAUACUGACCAGAAAUGUAAGUUUAACUUUACCAAAUUAUAUUUAUAAUAGCAUUGUGCAAUUUAAGUUUGUAAUAUUAUUUUUAUUUGCAAUAAUAAUAAUAAAAUAAUAAAUCUUGAAGAGAUGAUUGAAAUUAACCUUUUUAAUUGGUCAUUUAUUAUUAAAUAGUUAAGUUUUCAAGAAAUAAAUCAGGAAUAAGCCAUGACGAAGCAGAGUAUACUUUAAAUGUACUUUUGUUAGAUCAGAUUUUUUUUUUUUUUUUUUUGAACUGAGAAAUAUUCAGAAAACCACAAAUCUCCCAUUAUCUUUUAACAUGAGAAGGGAAAAAAGUGAAUCAGAGUAACAUGGUUAACACGUUCUAGAUCAGAUUCGAAUUAAGUAGAAAAAUAAAUUUUUUUGAAUUUGUUUAUUAUACUUUUACAACUUAUCGACUGCAGAGUAGCAAUAAAAAUGAAUAAACCUUCAAAAGAAGCUGGAAUAUAAUAAAAUCCGCGUAACUUCAGUUUAAUUAAAAAUAUAUAUUUAUAAAAAUGGUAUGAUUUCAAUACAACAUAGGAAUGUUUAAAACAAAUAUAUAGAAAAUACAAAUUGAUCACAAAGAAACAAAAUUUCAAAAUAUUCCAGCCACAAGUUUAUGUGACACAUAAAGUCAUAUAAUAUAUUUUGCUAAAUCUACUUCAAUUAGGACUUAAUCAGUGGCAAUCACAUCAUACUAACUUGAGACAACUGUCACCUAUACAAAAAC